AUGACCCGCCAACUUUCUCUGGUGGUGACCCUUCUCGUAACUCGGGUAGCUGCCCAUGGCUACAUCAAUACCUUCACUCUGGACGGCGUCGACUACGAGGGCUUCAGCCGUUGGAACCCUACCCCCGACCCCAACGCCAUCGGGUGGAGCUUCAGCACCCCGGACGAGGGCCCUGAGCUGGACAUGAGGUCCCCCGACUUCAUCUGCCGGCGCGAUUCGGAGCCCUCCCGCAACUACGGCACCAUCGCAGCCGGCGGCACCGCCUCGUUCUUCUGGACCUCGGACGACAAGGUCAUCAACCCCAACGGGUGGGCAGAAUCGCACCGCGGACCGGUCCUCACCUACAUUGCGCCCUGCAAUGGCGACUGCGCCAGCGUCGACAAGUCCUCGCUGCGCUGGACCAAGAUCGCCGAAUCGGGCCUCGUCUCGGGCCCGGCCAACACCCAGGGCGUCUGGGCGACCGACGUACUGCGCGAGAACGGAGGCGUCAACUCGGCCACCAUCCCCCGUUCGAUCGCGCCGGGCAAGUACGUGCUCCGCAAUGAGAUCAUCGCGCUCCACCGCGCCCACAUCAACGAGCCCGAGUUCUACAUGCAGUGCGGUAACAUUGAGGUCACGGGGGACGGCACGGAUGACCUGUCUGGCUCGGGGGUGCCGGCGGCGGAGCUGUACAGCAGGAGCGAUUCCCAGCUGUUCGGCUUCUCGGUCUACGACAGCCGUGACAACGAAUGGCCGAUUCCUGGGCCGGCACUGUACCAGUCGCAGCAGUCGCAAGGGCCGCCAGAAACGCGACCGUCGCCGUCGCAACAGUCGCAAAGGGGGAAGCCGACUGGUGCAUCGUGCCGAGGUUGA